AUGUCUACGUUUUCGUACGCACAAGCCGCCAAGGGCGCUUCCGGGACACCGACUCCAUCCAAAACACCUUCAGUAUCAGAGAAAGCCGAGUCCAAAUCGGAGGAGCAGACCGCCGUCGAGACCACAACAGAUGAGGCACCAGCUCCCGCCGAGCCUGAGACCGCCCAAAAAUCCGAGACAGUCGCCGAAGAGUCCAAGGACGAUGACUUCACCACUGUCACCAGCAAGCACGCCACCAAGUCAAAGGCUGUGACCCCUCGAACAUCAAGCCCGAGCGUUCGCACAGGCUCAAAGGCACGCAAAUCCAAGGAGGACGAGUCAAAUACCUCCAAUGCCAACGCAGAUGCCACCACUGAGAAGCAGGCUCCCAGUGAGACACAAACUGAGAAGGGCGAGGCCAAAGAGAAGUCAACGGAGAAGCCUGAGGAUUCCGAGAAGACCGCAGCACCGCCCAAGGAGCUAAAGGCUGCUCCUCUUCCCUCGGUCAACAUUUGGCAACAGCGACUAGAGGCCCAGGUCAAGGCGGCCCCGAAGUCCACUUCCACCAGCAAGGUCGCCUCUACCAAGGCCGACGAGACACAAGAUUCCAAGGCCGGCUCUAAGAAGAAGGGUGCCGACGGAGCACAGGAAGGUGCCAAGGAUCGCAAGAAGACCGACGGUGGAAAGGGUCGCGAUGUCGUUCCCCCAGUAGAGGAUGCUACCGCGUGGCCCACUCCUCAAGUCGCGAUCGGCGAAGAGAAGAAGAAGGCCCAUGAUAAGACCGACAAGAGCCCUGUCAUCAGACCCCACGGAAAGGAGAAGUGGACUCCGGUUCCUUAUGUCCCAACUGCUGUUUUCAACACUCCGCUUCCGUCCGCCGGUGGCCGUGGAGGCCGACGGGCCACUCGUGGUGGCAGAGACAGCGGCCGCGGAGCCCACGGUACUGGUGCCGCUGCUGCCGACAAGGCUGCCUCUGGACAGGCCGCCCAAGGUGCAAAGCAGGCGACUGGAGAGCGAGGACGUCACGAGUCUGGCACUGGACGUGCUGCCUCUCUUCCCGCCCAGGCGCGCCGCUCGACGAGUACUGACGCCGGUGCUGCGACUGAUGCACGCAAGGCUUCUCAGGCCCCUGAGCGCACUCGUGGAGCUCGCAACGGAGAUGAGGCCACUUCCAGCAAGCAGGUGAACGGCGGAGAGAACGUCCCCCGCUCUCAACGCGAGGGCAAGCCCUUUGGAAGAAACCAAGAUGCCCGCAAGAACCUGGCCGUUGACCCGCAGGCUGCCGCCCGCAGCACCGACCGUCGCUUCGAGGCCGGAUCGAAGUCUGCUGACGCUAGUGGUUUCACCGACUUCAGCCGGGAACGCGGCGAGUUCCGCCCUGAGCGUGGAGGUCGUGGAUCCAACCGUGGCCGUGGUGGCCCGUACUCCAACUUCGGCGGCCAGAACGCCCAGUUCAAUGCGUCCAUGUCCAACAACGGGUUUGCCACACCCAAGGCAUUUUACAACGACCGUCAGCGCUCGCAGCAGCAUGGCAUGCCCAAUGGCUCUCAACAAAACCGUAUGCCCCUCCGUUCGCCCUCUUUGACCACCCCUGGAAACGCGUAUGGUGGUGUUUAUCCUAUUCCAGUUGAUAUCAACACGAUGUAUGGCUACCCGGCCGUCAACCCGACACCGAUGAGCGCCAUGCCCUACCCGUCGUACCCGGAACCCUUGUCGCUCAUGGGCAUGCUAUCCAUGCAAUUGGAGUACUACUUCUCGGUCGACAACAUGUGCAAGGACAUGUUCCUGCGCAAACAGAUGGACUCUGAGGGCUUCGUGCCUCUCAGUGUGCUCGCCAGCUUCAAGCGUGUGAAGUUGCUCACCGAGGACUUCGAACUUCUUCGUCACGUGGCUCGCCAGCUCCGCACUGUUGAGUUCCAGACCAGCGAGGACGGUGUCGACCGCCUGCGUCCCCGAGAGAAGUGGCAGCAAUGGGUCCUCCCCGUGGAUCAACGUGAACCUGCCGCUCAGCAUAACGGCGCUGCCCCUGCUGGAAAGACUGACGAAAACACCCCGACUAACAGCCACCGCGAGUCUGCCAUCAAUGGAGCCGCCCGCCAGUUUGUUCCCAACGGUGUUUCCAGUGGACCUAAGACCUCACUUUCGUCUACCGCCCCGGAAUUCAUGCCCUCAUUGCCACCCACCGCAGUGAGCGAGAUUGCCAAUGUAGGACACUCCCCGGAUUAUCCCAUUUCCCCUACCUCGACAAUGUCGUUUUUUUCGUCGUCUUCAUCGUUUCCCAAGGACAGCCCAGUUAUUAACACAUUUCAUUCAGCGUGCGGACUAGAUUUGCAGUCUGAACCGUCCUUUCUCUCCGAUUUGGAACCCGUGGCCCCGAAGAGCACCCACGCAGAAUAUUUCCCAGGCCAACCCGGCGGUGCUGAUUGGCUGAUGAAUGAGUCUCUUGCGAAAACGCAGCAUCCACUGCCGCCCAAACCGAAAAGAAGGGAUCGUUCGUCCAACUAUUUCCCAAAAACUUUCCAUACAUCUCGCAACGGAACUUGGAACGGCCAAGGCCGCUCAAUGGCCAGAGGGUAUAACUCUGGAAUCAUCAUGCCUUACCAUGACUGGUCAUUGCACUUGACCACAAGUUUGACCAACAAUUUCAAUUUUCACCUGUACAAUGAAUUUAGGCGUUCGGCCCUUGAUGACCUUCUUACACGAAGCGAUGAUCAAGGUUUCCACGAGCUCAUGCGAUUUUAUCGGGUCUGUCUUCUUCACCGUCACUCCAUUCCUUCCCCGGUGAUAUGCGACAUGGUUCGGCUUUCACAACAGCCAACGGUGCCAUACCACACUCUUGCCUUCAACAUGAUCCAUGAAACACUUGCCAGUGGAGCGAUGAAAUCGCACAAUCAGCGAAAAGUCAGCAGUUACUUCAAUACCCAGCGCGGCUAG